AUGGACUUCCGUGAACUGAUGCGCGAGGAACGCCGCCGUGUACGAGAGGCAGCCCAAUCCAAGCCAAACACCGACACAAAAUCUGCAUCAAAAAUUAAUAUCGAGGAGUUCCGCAAAGGACCGAUUUCCGGAGUGUAUUACAUACCCAACUGGAUCACGCAGGACGAGGAGGCGGCCAUUGUAGAGCGAGUGUACGCUGUUCCGCAUGACAACGAUCUCUGGGUCAAGCUAAAACACCGUCGUCUGCAAAUGUGGGGAGGGGAAGUCAAGGUCCCAUUCGAGCCUAAUCCCCUCCCUGAAUGGCUACAACAGAUCAGCCAGACACUACUGGAUACUGGCAUCUUCAGUGAAGAAAAGAAGCCCAACCACGCACUCAUCAACGAAUAUGGUGUGGGGGACUGCAUUCUACCACAUGAGGACGGGCCUGCGUAUUUCCCUCUGGUGUCCAUUAUCAGCACUGGCGCUGAGUGCCGAGUGACGUUUGAGCCGCAUCGUGCUUUGGCAUCAGUCGACAAUCAGAGCGUUUCAGAGGCGGCGCCUACCAAUGAGAUUGUGCAGAACUUUGAUUUCCAGCUGGAACGUCGUAGUCUCUUGCUGUUCACGGGAGAAGCCUACACGCGCUACUUACACAGCGUCGACAACAUCGAAGUGGGCACGCGCAUUUCACUGACGAUUCGCCACGUCGAUCUCCUCUAA